AACCUCUCCACUCUCAUGAUCAAUUACCAUGGCCAGUGAAAUGAAAGCACAGCCUGUUCUGAUAGAGAGCCUGUCGACUUUAACAGUCUGCGACUCGCCAGCUGCGACUGAUCCUCCACAGGAAGCUCCCCCACAUCUUUCUCACGACCCUGAAAAUAACCUGAAGAGAAGCGAUCCCUUUCAAUUUGGCUCGCGCUAUCUCAGUGAAGAAGACAAUGUCUUUGAAUUCAAUGCAUGGGAUCAUGUAGAAACAGAUGAUACUUACAAAGAGUACGCAGAAUUACAAUAUGCUAAACAGCGAGAAGCCCCAGUCUCAGACUUCGAUAAAAACAGAUUCAAUUCCGAUCCUGCGAAGUGGUGGAACAAUUUCUACAAAAAUAACACAGCGAACUUCUUCAAGGAUCGCAAGUGGCUGCAACAAGAAUUUCCUAUCCUGUCUCGAAUCACAAAACCCGACGCCGGUCCCAUUACUCUACUUGAAGUUGGUGCAGGUGCUGGAAACACUGCUUUUCCUAUACUAGCCCAUAAUCAUAAUCCAAGUCUCAAAAUUCAUGCAUGCGAUUUCUCCAAGAAAGCUGUGGACGUGAUUCGUGCGAACGAAGCAUACGAUACCAAGAACAUACAAGCCGACGUCUGGGAUGCUGCCGGUGAGGUUCUACCACCCGGACUGAAAGAAGGGAGCGUUGAUCUAGUCCUGAUGAUCUUCAUCUUCUCCGCCCUAUCGCCAUCUCAGUGGAACCAAGCAGUGCAAAACAUCUUUCGAGUGCUGAAGCCCGGUGGGGAAGUCCUAUUUCGAGACUAUGGUCGAGGCGAUCUAGCUCAAGUGCGCUUCAAGAAGGGUCGCUAUCUAGAGGAAAACUUUUAUAUUCGCGGGGACGGAACGCGGGUCUACUUCUUCGACAAGGAGGAGUUGGUCAAGAUAUGGAGUGGGCAUAAUUCACACGAGGCGCCAUCAAGCAAAGAGACCGGUGCUGGCUUCGAUGUCGUUGACCUCGGGGUCGACAGAAGACUGUUGGUCAAUAGGGCUAAACAAUUGAAGAUGUAUCGUUGUUGGAUGCAGGGACGAUUUCGGAAACAAAUACCAAGAUGAAGCAGCCAUCGAGGUUGCAGCCAAAAAAGGACACACUUUAUACUCUCAGACAUAUUUUGUCAUUCAUGCUCCGGGCACGCUUCCCUCUCCACUGGUACUCGGUUGUCUGCCCGACUAGCCGCAAAGAACAUUCUCAUACCAGCACAAGGUACUACACGAAGUGGCGCCAUCUGAUGGCAUCCACCGAAGACUGACGCGGUCAUUUACCUAGCGGCUAAAAUCUUUGAUGGUUCGACGCCUUCUUUGCUUGCCCGAUUCAGGCACAUGCGCAACCGUUUAAGUCAUCACAGGCUUCUCGGCAGCCUCCUGAGACCCAUACGAGAGAGCUCAUACUUCAUCAUAAUGCAGAUCACAUUCCACCCAAG